UCCGACUCGACUUGGCGCCAACAUGUCCGAGCCCGAGUACGAGGCAACGCUCGAGAAGGAGCUUGGCCGUCUGGAAGAGGACUACGAGGCGCAGGUGGAGUCCGGCGGUACGGUCUCGCUCGGAGUAGCCACCAACUUUGCCCAUAGGCUCAUUGCCUCUACCUGUGCAGAGGAUCUGGAACGGGGUGUCGACAUUCUCCAGGGCAUGGAGGACGCGAUGGGCAUGGAGAGCAUGGACUCGGAGUCCUUGCUGCGGCUUGCCAGAGGGCUGUUCCGACUGCAGCGGCACUCGAGCGCGCGCAAGUAUGUGGACGAGGUUCUGAUGCGCGAGCCCAACUACACUGAUGCCAUUAUUCUCAAGCGCAUGAUCGAUGACUCUGUCCGGCGUGAGGGCCUCAACGGCGUUGUACUUCUUGGCUCAUGGGCGCUCUUCCUGGUGGCAGCAGGCAUCACGUUUACACGGUGGAACAAGCGCUGAGCAAUGGCGAGUAAAGGCCGCACUCCUCGGC